GUGGUUCUCGGACGGGGUUUUCCGAUCUCUGCCUUCGUCCCUCUCGUUCCAUAAACCCUAGAUAUCUUCUCUUCAAUCCCUCGAAAACCCUAGUUUUCAGGCUCCAUAGAGCACGAUCCAGCGGCGCUGGCCUUCGGAUUGGGAUCGGAAUCGGUAGGAGUGCGGUGCUAUGGAUGGGGCCGGAGCAACUGCCGCGACGACGGCGCCAAACGCAGGUACGACAGCGCCGAACGCUGCUCUGGGGUCGGGGGCGCCGCCGCCGCCUUUCCUUAGCAAGACGUACGAGAUGGUGGAUGAUCCGGCGACGGACGCCAUCGUGUCGUGGGGGCCGGGGAACAACAGCUUUGUGGUUUGGAACACACCCGAGUUCGCCAGAGACCUCCUUCCCAAGUACUUCAAGCACAACAAUUUCUCCAGCUUCGUUCGCCAGCUCAAUACCUAUGGUUUCAGGAAGGUGGAUCCUGAUAGGUGGGAAUUUGCCAAUGAGGGAUUCUUGAGAGGUCAGAAGCAUUUACUAAAGAACAUAGCCAGGAGAAAACCCUCUCAUCCACAUAGCCAACCUCUGCAAACUCAAGCACAAAAUGGUUCUGCAUGUGUUGAGGUAGGGAAGUUUGGGCUGGAGGAGGAAAUCGAGAGGCUUAAGAGGGACAAAACAGUACUCAUGAAGGAACUAGUCAUGCUGAGGCAACAGCAACAGACCACAGAUCAUCAAUUACAGACCUUAGGACAGCGCCUACAAGGAAUGGAACAGCGACAACAACAAAUGAUGUCAUUUCUUGCAAAGGCCAUGCAGAGUCCUGGUUUCUUAGCUCAACUGGUGCAACAGCAGAAUGACAGUAACAGGUGCAUAUCCGGAGGGACCAAAAAGCGGAGAUUGCCAAAGCAAGAAGACAAAUUGGAUGGUGAAGAAGGAGCUUCUCUUGACGGUCAAAUAAUCAAAUACCAGCCAUUGAUGAACGAGGCAGCAAAAGCAAUGCUGAUGCAGAUCCUUAAGAUGGACACUGAUUCCCAAAUGGAAAGCAUGGGCAACUCCGGCAGUUACCUGAUAAAGAAUUUCCCUGGCAGUAAUUCAUCAUCUCGAAACUCCAGCGUCACCCUGUCAGAAAUGCCAGCAAGCUCCGUGGGCACUCCAUACAUGCCAGUGAGCUCUGGCUUGUCAACAAUCUGCUCAUCAUCCACGGCUUCCGAGAUCCAAUCUAAUGCAGCUGAUUUGCCAGACAUAAGUAUGCUAUCCACUGUUCCGGAGGCAAUUUCUUCAUGCCCAACUGACAUGGACAUUCCUGGGUUCUCCCCGACUGAUAUUCCAGAGGACAGCAACUUUGAAAGCUUGUACAUGGAUGGUGAAAGCUUCUCUCCUGAUGCCGAAAUUGAGAUAUUUGAUGGGGACCAAAGGCUGCCUGAUAUCAAUGAUGCAUUCUGGGAACAGUUUCUUUCUGGCAGUCCCAUUUCCGGUGAAACUGAGGAGGUUGUUUCUGGAAUGCAAGAAGCCACAACUAAUCAAACAGAGUUGGAUAGUUCUUGGACCAGUGCUCAGAACCUGGCUCAACUCAGUGAGCAGAUGGGGCUUCUUUCAUCCCAAGGCAAAGAUUAGAAACUUUGUUUUAAUUUUCUCUUUUUAUUAUUAUUUUUUUCCUUUUUUUUUGUGUGCUCUGAUGAUGUGGAACUUUCUGUGAGCCCAUCCUUUCUAUGGGUUUUCAAAGACACUCAUUUUGAGACUCUGUUUUUAAUGUUACAGACUUAAUUAUAUAGAUUUAUAUAUAUAUAUAUAUAUAUACAUUUGUAUCUAUGUACAUCAUAUGUUUGCGGUCUGGAAUCCCCAGGUCUAAUUUUUAGCAGUUUUAUUCCUGGAUGUGGGGUUAAAUGUACAGUUUAAGGACAAGGAAUUGAACAAAUGAAUGAGAAUAGUUUUUAUA